CCCUUGCAACAGUUUGUCGUGGGAACCGAGUGAGUAAACGCGGCACUCAGAUAUACAAGAACGAUGGCCGGGCUAACGCACAUGCUGCUCUUGGUGGGAGUGAUCGGCGCUCUGCUACCGUUGGACGUGGUUGGUGCGCCCUCGGGGACAUCAGAAAGAUACCAAGUACUGACGGUAACGCCACAGACAGAGGACGAUGUUCAGACGCUCCACCUCAUCAAGACGAAUCCAAAUCUCGAGGUUUCGUUCUGGACUUACCCAGGAGCCGCGGGCCAAGCAGUCGAUCUGAUGGUGUCAUCCAGUCGCCUCAAACAACUUCAGAAACACCUUGAAAAGGGGAAUUUCACAACGGAGGUCAAAAUCGAGAAUGUGGAGGAGCUGGCGAGGCAGCAGAUGGCAGGAAGCUCCCGGCCGAGUGAGAUCGCAUCGCUCGGUCUGCAACCCACCGGUUUCGACUACGGCAAAUACCACACUUACCAAGAGAUUUUUUAUUGGACAAGAAACAUCACUGACGCUUAUCGCAAGAUGACAAGGCUGCACCACCUUGGGAUGACGUUUGAGGGAAGAUGGAUUCAUGGAAUUCAGAUCAGCACUGCUUUGCAAAGAGACACAUCUAAUGCAGCACUCCGCCCAGCCUUGUACUUUCAAGCCGGUAUGCAUGCAAGGGAAUGGAUCGGACCGGCAACUAUAAUGUUCAUGACGGCCAGCCUCUUGGAUCAAUACGGCACGGACAAGGACGUAACCACUCUCCUGGACACGUUCGACGUGUUCAUCGUGCCCUUGGUGAACGCAGACGGUUACGCCUACACAUGGACCUCCGAACCAAAUGCAAGAGCGUGGCGGAAGACAAGAACGAACAACACGGGGUCGGAUUGUGUCGGUGUCGAUCCCAACCGGAACUUUGCCGUCAAAUUUGCCGAUGAGGGUGCCAGUCAGGACCCGUGCAGCGACCAGUAUUGCGGUCCCUUCCCGUUCUUCGCCGUGGAGGUGUAUAACGUGGCCCAGUUCCUGGUCUCCCAGCCGGGGGUCUCCAUCAAGGGAUUCAUUGACUUCCACAGCUACAGUCAGCUGUGGAUGACGCCUUACGGCUACACGAAGGAAUUACCACCGGACUACAAAGCCCAGUUGGAAGGAUGUAACGAAAGUAUCGCAUCGCUGAAGGCAGUAUAUGGAACCGAAUAUCAGUGUGGAUCUAUAGCGAAUGUCAUCAACUACUUGUCGUCUGGAUCAAGUGCCGAUUUCACGUACAUCAAGCUGAACAUCACCUAUUCGUACGGCGUGGAAUUGCGUGACGCCGGGAAAUACGGCUUCCUCCUGCCGCCCGAUCAGAUCAUACCCUCGGGGACAGAGACGCUCGCCGGCCUGGUGACCUACGGCCUGUUCGUCAAAGGGAAAUUACCUUAACCGAUCAAC